GCUUCCGUAAUAAUGAAAUUGAUAUUUAGCAACAGCAGCAGCGCCUAAUGCACCUCCAAAUACAUAAUUCGCAAUAUCAGAUAUGGAGAUUUUGCUGUAUUACUUUGUGUUGUUCUUCUUCGGCUUCCUUUUACUCUCCAAAUAUCGACUCAUUAAGAAGUGGAAACUCCCACCAAGCCCUCUCACCCUACCCAUUAUCGGUCAUCUCUACCUAUUCAAGAACCCUCUUUACCGAACUCUUGCCGAUAUUUCCAACCGAUAUGGCCCGAUUUUACUCCUCAGGUUCGGCUCCCGCCCUGUCCUCCUCGUCUCUUCCCCUUCCGCGGCCGGGGAAUGCCUUACCACCAACGACAUCCUCUUUGCGAACCGUCCUCGCCUCCUUGCCGGAAAAUACAUAGGUUAUAACUAUUUAAGCAUAGGCUCGGCCUCGUAUGGCAACCACUGGCGCAAUCUCAGACGCAUCAGCAGCCUCGAGGUUUUCUCCACCAAUCGUCUUCAGAUGUUUUCCCGCUCACGCACCAACGAGGUUCGAUCAAUGAUCCUACGGCUUGCCUCCUCUGGUACCAAGGAGGUAGAUAUGAAAUUGAUGUUUUUUGAGUUAACUCUCAAUGUGAUAAUGAUGAUGAUAGCCGGAGAGCGGUAUUACGGAGAGAACGUGGAGGAGGAAUCAGAGAAAGCAAGGCGUUUGCAUGAUAUUGUGACGGAGACUUUUUAUCUAUCUGCGGCAACGCAUAUCGGAGAUUACAUGCCGGCUUUAAGAUGGGUUGGGUUCAACAGGUUACAAGAGAGGCUGAUGAGGCUGCACCAGAAGAGGGACGAGUUUAUGCAAGAACUAAUCGAAGAGCAUAAGAAGAUGAAGACCGAUGACUCUUUCAUUUCUAGCUCUAGUUCUGAAUCUGGUGAGAGAAAGAAGACGCUGAUUGACGUUUUGUUGUCUCUCCAAGAAGCAGAGCCGGAAUAUCACACGGACGACAUCAUCAAAAGCUUGGUUCUGGACUUGAUAGCAGCCGGAACCGACACAUCAUCAGGAACGAUGGAAUGGGCAAUGUCACUCUUGCUCAACCAUCCAGACGUCCUCAAGAAGGCCCAAGCCGAGAUAGACAACCAUGUUGGACAAGGCCGAUUGUUCCAUGAAUCCGAUCUAUCCAAGCUCCCCUACUUGCGCUGUAUCAUCAACGAGACACUUCGGAUGUAUCCAGCGGCCCCCCUGCUUGUACCCCACGAGUCAUCCGAGGAUUGCGUUGUUGGAGGUUUUGACAUCCCACAUGGCACCUUGCUGCUAGUGAACAUGUGGGCCAUACACAACGACCCCAAAAUAUGGGAGGAGCCCAGAAAAUUCAAACCAGAGAGAUUUGAAGGGCUGGAAGGGCGAAGAGAUGGGUUCAAGUUAUUGCCGUUUGGAUCGGGGAGGAGAAGUUGUCCCGUGGAGGGAUUGGCUGAGCGCAUGGUUGGGCUAGCUUUGGGCUCACUCAUUCAGUGCUUCGAGUGGGAGAUGGUUGGUGACGACCUAGUGGACAUGAGCGAAGGAGCUGGGGGUCUCACCCUACCCAAAGCCCGGGUCUUGAAAGCAAAGCGUAAGCCACGCCCAACGAUGGUGGACCUCCUAUCUCAACUUUGAAACCAUUCUCAAAGCUCCCCCCUUCUAAUUGCAUGUUGUGGUACUUUCUGGAUAUUUCAAUAUUAUUUGUGAAUUAUUAGAAUAAACGCUUAAAGAACCCAAUCUGUCACAUGGAACCAGACGGUUUUUGGUUUGAUAGAAGCUGGAAAAACAAAAAUAUUCACCAUAUAAUAAUGCCGAUACUUACAUUAGUUGUAAGGCGGUCAAUGGUGGCAGUCUGGAUAUUUCAAAUUCUGGUAAUCCGUUUAUAUAAACGGAUCAGUUUAAUUCUUUGCAAGAUGGAUCCGUUAAUAGUCAGAUCAAACGCGGUUACAACCUAAGAAGUUUAUUAACUUUCGCUUAUAACAAUACUAACGUGGCCCGUGCGAUGUAGAGAUGGAACACCCUUCUUUGUCUCUUUGGGGAAAGUUGGU